GCCUUCCCCCCCCCCUCCCCCGAUCUCUUUUAAACGGGGCGCGCGCGGAGCUGUGCGCGUGCGCGGCGGGAGCCGGCCGGGUGAGGGGAGGGCGGGCCCGACCCGCGCUGAGGGGAUUCGGGCGGCGCCGGCCCUGCCGCCGCUCCGCCGCCGAUCAGAAAUGACUACCCCAAACAAGACACCACCUGGUGCUGAUCCAAAGCAGUUAGAGAGGACUGGUACUGUUAGAGAAAUAGGCUCACAAGCAGUUUGGUCUCUUUCAUCCUGUAAGCCAGGAUUUGGAGUGGAUCAGUUACGAGAUGAUAAUCUAGAAACUUACUGGCAGUCAGAUGGAUCACAGCCUCAUUUGGUGAACAUCCAAUUUAGAAGAAAAACAACAGUGAAGACAUUAUGUAUUUAUGCAGACUACAAAUCUGAUGAAAGUUACACUCCGAGCAAAAUCUCUGUCAGAGUAGGAAAUAAUUUUCAUAAUCUCCAGGAGAUCCGGCAACUUGAAUUAGUGGAACCAAGCGGCUGGAUUCAUGUUCCUUUAACAGAUACUCAUAAGAAGCCUAUUCGCACAUUUAUGAUUCAGAUUGCUGUUCUAGCUAAUCACCAAAAUGGAAGAGACACUCACAUGAGACAAAUCAAAGUGUACACCCCGGUGGAAGAGAGCUCUAUUGGUAAAUUUCCUAGAUGUACAACAAUUGAUUUCAUGAUGUAUCGCUCCAUAAGAUAAAAUUUCUUAAUGAGAAAUAAUAAAGGCAUUGAUGGCAGUAUCAUUACUUAAGUAUUUAAAUACUUAAAGAGCAGGGUUUACUUCAGUGUAAUUGUAUCUUUAUGUUUAUACUUUGUAUGAUUUUGAAAUAAAGAUAAUCUUGUGCUGC